AGCGGAGCCGGGACUGUCGCGCGGGCCGCGCCGGCGAUGCCGCGCCCCCGGGCCGGGCUGUAGCGGGGCCGGGGCGGAGCGCGCGCCGGGCGGGCCGGCCAUGGAGGUGGUGGACGAGACCGAGGCGCUGCAGCGCUUCUUCGAAGGCCACGACAUCAACGGCGCCCUGGAGCCCUCCAACAUCGACACCAGCAUCCUGGAGGAGUACAUCAGCAAGGAGGAUGCCUCCGACCUCUGCUUCCCUGACAUCUCUGCUCCAGCCAGUGCCGCCUCCUACCCCCACGGGCAGCCAGCGAUCCCCAGCUCCAGCGGGGUCCACCACCUGAGCCCCCCUGGGGGUGGACCCUCCCCGGGGCGCCAUGGCCCCCUCCCACCCCCAAGCUACAGUGCCCCGCUCAACUGCAACAACAACAACGGCAUGGGCGCCGCUCCCAAGCCCUUCCUGGGGGGCUCCGGGCCCCCCAUCAAGGCAGAGCCCAAGGCUCCCUAUGCCCCAGGCACGCUGCCAGACUCUCCCCCAGACUCGGGCUCCGAGGCCUACUCCCCCCAGCAGGUGAAUGACCCCCAUCUCCUGCGCACUAUAACCCCUGAGACCCUGUGCCACGUGGGAGUGCCCUCCCGCCUGGAGCACCCGCCCCCACCUCCAGCCCACCUGCCAGGCCCCCCACCGCCCCCGCCGCCCCCACCUCACUACCCUAUCCUGCAGCGGGACCUGUACAUGAAGGCCGAGCCCCCGAUGCCCCCCUAUGCCGCCAUGGGGCAGGGACUGGUGCCCACCGACCUCCAUCACACCCAGCAGUCCCAGAUGCUGCACCAGCUGCUGCAGCAACAUGGAGCUGAGCUCCCCACACACCCCUCCAAGAAGAGGAAGCACUCCGAAUCACCCCCCAACACCCUCAACGCCCAGAUGCUGAAUGGAAUGAUCAAACAGGAGCCUGGGACCGUGACAGCCCUGCCCCCGCACCCCACUCGAGCCCCAUCCCCACCUUGGCCUCCCCAGGGCCCGCUCUCCCCCGGCCCCGGCUCCUUGCCCCUCAGCAUCGCCCGGGUCCAGACGCCGCCUUGGCACCCACCAGGUGCACCCUCACCAGGUCUCCUGCAGGACAAUGAUAGUCUCAGUGGCUCCUACCUGGACCCCAACUACCAGUCCAUCAAGUGGCAGCCGCAUCAGCAGAACAAGUGGGCGACACUGUACGACGCGAACUACAAAGAGCUGCCCAUGCUCACCUACCGCGUGGAUGCCGACAAGGGCUUCAACUUUUCGGUGGGCGAUGAUGCCUUCGUGUGCCAGAAGAAGAACCACUUCCAGGUGACGGUGUACAUCGGCAUGCUGGGCGAGCCCAAGUACGUCAAGACGCCCGAAGGCCUCAAGCCCCUUGAUUGCUUCUACCUGAAGUUGCACGGAGUGAAGCUGGAGGCCCUGAACCAGUCCAUCAACAUCGAGCAGUCCCAGUCAGACCGAAGCAAGCGCCCCUUCAACCCCGUCACGGUCAAUCUGCCCCCUGAGCAGGUCACGAAGGUGACCGUGGGGCGGUUGCACUUCAGCGAGACCACCGCCAACAACAUGCGCAAGAAGGGCAAGCCCAACCCUGACCAGAGGUACUUCAUGCUGGUGGUGGCCCUCCAGGCCCACGCACAGAACCAGAACUACACGCUGGCUGCCCAGAUCUCGGAGCGCAUCAUCGUGCGGGCCUCCAAUCCAGGCCAGUUUGAGAGUGACAGCGACGUGCUGUGGCAGCGGGCGCAAGUGCCCGACACCGUCUUCCACCAUGGCCGUGUGGGCAUCAACACGGACCGGCCAGACGAGGCGCUGGUCGUGCACGGCAACGUCAAGGUCAUGGGCUCGCUCAUGCACCCCUCAGACCUGCGGGCGAAGGAGCACGUGCAGGAGGUGGACACCAUGGAGCAGCUGAAGAGGAUCUCGCGCAUGCGCCUGGUGCACUACAGAUACAAGCCGGAGUUUGCCGCCAGCGCUGGCAUCGAGGCGACCGCGGCGCCCGAGACGGGUGUGAUCGCCCAGGAGGUGAAGGAGAUCCUGCCUGAGGCCGUGAAGGACACUGGAGACGUAGUCUUUGCCAAUGGGAAAACUAUAGAGAACUUCCUGGUGGUGAACAAGGAGCGCAUCUUCAUGGAGAACGUGGGUGCUGUGAAGGAGCUGUGCAAGCUGACUGACAACCUGGAGACGCGCAUUGAUGAGCUGGAGCGCUGGAGCCACAAGCUGGCCAAACUGCGGCGACUUGAUAGUCUCAAGUCCACUGGCAGCUCAGGCGCCUUCAGCCAUGCAGGGAGCCAGUUCAGCCGGGCGGGCAGCGUCCCCCACAAGAAGAGGCCCCCCAAGGUGGCCAGCAAGUCAUCGUCUGUGGUCCCAGACCAGGCCUGCAUCAGCCAGCGCUUCCUGCAGGGAACCAUCAUUGCCCUGGUGGUGGUCAUGGCCUUCAGCGUGGUGUCCAUGUCCACACUGUAUGUGCUGAGCCUGCGUACUGAGGAGGACCUGGUAGAAACUGAUGGCUCUUUUGCCGUGUCUACUUCCUGUCUUCUGGCCCUGCUCCGGCCCCAGCACCCUGGGGGGAGCGAGGCCCUGUGCCCAUGCAGGUCCAGCCAGAGCUUUGGGACCACUCAGCUCCGACAGUCCCCUGUGACCACUGGGCUGCCAGGCACACAGCCCUCUUUGCUGCUGGUUACCGCCGGCCUGGUCAGCUCAGCUCCGGGUCCAGCCAUACGCACUGUGGACCUGUGCUUCAGCCGCCCCUGCCCGGUCGUCUGCUGCUCCUCGUCCACCCCCAGCCCUACUCCUGCCCCUAGUCUUGGCCCCAGCUCUAACCCCAGUCACGGUCUCAGCCCCAGUCCCAGCCCCUCCACCAACCGCUCAGGCCCCAGCCAGAUGGCCCUGCUGCCAGUCACCAACAUCAGAGCCAAGUCCUGGGGCCUGUCAGCCAAUGGCAUUGGCCACUUCAAGCAUUCAAAGAGCUUGGAGCCUGUGGCUAGCCCUGCAGUCCCCUUCCCUGGGGGGCAGGGCAAAGCCAAGAACAGCCCCAGCCUCGGUCUCCAUGGCCGGGCCCGCCGAGGAGCCCCCCAGCCUGGCCUGAGCCCUGUUCAGCCCACUCAGGCCCGGGACCAGCCAGACCCAGUGCCCUCCCUGACCUCCAUCCAGGUGCUGGAGAAUUCGAUGCCCAUCACCUCCCUGUACUGCGCCCCAGGGAAUGCCUGCAGGCCUGGCAACUUCACCUACCACAUCCCCAUCAGCAGCAGCACCCCGCUGCACCUCAGCCUGACCCUGCAGAUGAACUCCUCAUCUCCCGUGUCCGUCGUGCUGUGCCGCCUCAUGUCAAAGGAGGAGCCGUGUGAGGAGGGGGGCUUUCUGCAGAGCCUUCACACCCACCAGGACACCCAGGGCACUUCCCACCAGUGGCCAGUAACUAUCCUGUCCUUCCGUGAAUUCACCUACCACUUCCGCGUGGCACUGCUGGGUCAGGCCAACUGCAGCGCGGAGGCUCUGGCCCGGCCAGCCACAGACUACUACUUCCACUUCUACCGCCUGUGUGACUGAGCUGCCUUCCUCAAGGCAGCACCACACCAGGGCCCGGGGGUCCCUGGGCGCCCCUUCCACACUGGAUGCAAUGGUGUUACACUGGAGCCUGCUGCCCGCCAUCUCUCUGCCGUUCACUGGCACUCCCUCAGAGAGACUGAGCCGGGCUUGGCCCUCCCCGAGACUGGUGAAACUGGAAGUCCUCACACUGGAGUUGCUGUUCCUGCUGGUCGCCCCUCACACACCAUGGAGGAAGCCAGAGAGAGACCUGUGGGGCCAGGACAGGACCAAUUCACAUCUGUCCAGAUAUGGUGGGUGGAGGGCUGGCUUCAGGUGCCCUGGAGGCAAGGGGAAGCCUGUGACUGUCCAGAGCCCACCCUCCCUGCCCCUCCUUUGAGACUGGGAGCCACCCGCUUUUGGAGAGGACCUGCCCACUUUUGAGAGCAGCGGGGGGCCUGGAUGAGCCCUAAGAGACUUGGCUGGACCCAUGAGUCGGCAGAGGGCAGACAGCCUUCAUCCUCGAAGCUGCUCCCUGGGGGUGGCUAGGUGGUGGACGUUUGGGGUUUGCCUGUUACGCUGGACUUGGACUUAUAAGCUUUAAGUGUGGCCCAGGAGGUCUCUUCUUUCCGGGUAAACUUGGCUCCUAAGAGCUCCCAGGACAGCUGAAGCCAGCCCUUGGAUGGGCUGGAGACUGACCAUGUGCCUUACGUACACUUAGUGCCUGGCUGAACCAUGGGGGCCAGUGGGCCAGGUAAGCCUUGGACCCUUGAACCUGGAGUAUCUGGGGAGGGAAGGUCCCGGUGAGUCCCCAGAUGGCGUUGUUGCCCCAUGGCCUGGACCCCUGGAGCUUCCAGAGCUCACAGUAGUGUCAGUGACCCAUCACUUCCUCUGAGCAGAGGAGCAGGAAUCCCUACAGGGCAGUAGGCCGGUCUUGGCUGGUGGGUGGACGCAGACAGCUUUGGCUGUUGUUAAUGAAUUACUAAAAUGCACUUAAACCAAGGGCAGGAGUGGAAGGAUGGAGAUGGAAAGCCCAGGGUGGGCCAGAGCCCUGGGGGGCAUGCUUGCAGACAGGGCCCUGGCUCUGAUCCGUCCCACGGAGCCUCAAGACCAUCCCACUCCUGACCACCAUGCCUGGCCUCUCCCUCCACACUUGUUUGCUGGUGGCCUCGUCUCCCCAAAUCAGGGGCUCCCGUGCUGGGCUCGGACAGCGAAGCUGGAGGGACCCGUGCUUGGCAGGAGGCCCCAUCUCUGCCACUCCUCCCAGGAGCGAAGCAGUGGGCCUGGCUUAUGAAGUCUCAUCACAAGUGCCAACGUUAGUGGCACGUAGUGGGUGCCUGGAGCAUUGAGGCCACAUCCAGGCUCACGGAAGGAGGGUGGAAAUCAUUCAGCCAUGUCUGCAGGGUUCAGGAAGGGGGCCGGGACUGACCGUCCUUGCUGUGAUACUCUGCCACUUCGUUGGGAACCAGGCCUUGCCCCUCUCCUACUUCCCAUUCUCCGCUUUGAAUGGGAGGCCUUGUGGUGGGGAAGCUGCAUCUUGAAGCAGCCUGUGAACUGUGGGCCCCCUCUGCCGUAGAUCUCAGAGCACUUCUCAGGAUGGGGAAACACCAGGGGAAUUUAGGGGACAGCAGGAGUACCCUGCCUCCCAGUCCGCUCCCCAACGUGAUCCCACCCCCUCAAGCUGACAUAGGAAUUACAUGGCUCCGCACACCACGCAGGGGUGGAGCCUUACUUAGGACUACUCUGUUCUCCCUCCUCCCCCUGGGGGAACUCUCCCUCUAAUGCCUUAAAACUGCCGAGACCCGCCCCUUGUAAUAGGAUUCUUGGGCUCCCUCAGUCAGGGUGCAAGUUCUUGGACUGCAGCCCCUCAGUCUUUAACUGGAAAGUGACCCUCCACUGCCCCCUGGAGCCCAUGUGGACACAGUAUAGCCCCAAUCUGGUUAGCAGCUGGCUGUUUCCACGCCUGGGGAGGGGGUCCUCAGUGCAAGGAUUGGGGCCAAGCUGGGGCUCCAAGCUGCUCGAGGGGGGUCAACCUUGGACCAAAGUUGCCUUAAGCCCAAUAAGGUUAAAGUGCUUCAGGGAAGGCAAGUCGGCCACCUGCUGGAGGCUGACAGCAGCCUAGGUGGCACUAGUGAGCAGGGGUCUGGGCUCCAUCCCCUCCCAGGGCCCAGCAGCCAUCCCUCCCUCCCCCUCUCCCCUUUGGCAUUUAUUCCCGUAGCCACUGGGCUAAUCUCCCCCAAGCUUCAAGCUGUACAGAGGGCCUCUCCAUGCACAGUCCCCACCCACAUUACCUCCCCUGCAAAAGCCUGCGUGUGCAUAGAGCGCCCCCUCCCUCCCAGUUAACUCCCAGUUCCUGUCCCUGAGCUUUGACUCAUAUUUAUCGCGUACCAACUCUGACUCUGGAGUGGGCAGAGGGAAGCAGCCCCGGGCCUGCUUGCCUCCUGUCCCCUGAACUGUCCUUUUCUUCUGAAGUAAAUAUACGUAUAUAAAUAAAUGUAUAAAUACUGCUUUGUAUCUGA